AUGCCCCCCGAUCGACUCCUCUACAACUCCUCUCUUUUGCGCCCGCCCACUGUCAAAAAGUUCCGAUUCCAGCGCCGAUCUGCGAAUUCCCCAGGAAUCCUGUAUAAAGCACACCCGCCCGAUUCCGAACACAAUCUGAAUCUCGAUCGCUCCCUUCCCCGCCAACAAUUCCGAGGUUACGGUUCGGCUUCCCUCUGCCGACAAGAGAUCUCGAGUGCCCCGCAUUCAUCCACCACCGGCAGAGCCUCUGCCAUCUGCCAUCUGCCUGGCCUCCCUCCGAACCCUUCCCCGAGAACACUUUCCGCUGCCGGCAUGGAUCCCGCCAUCAUCGCCGCCCGCGACAAUGUCAUCCGCGCAGAGGUUGCAGAGCGCGAGGCCGAAUGUAUCCUCAUGGCCGCCCGCGAGAACCUCCUCGAGGCCCGCGAACAUGCUCUCCGACUCGAGCUCGAAGCGUCUGCCGCCAACCAGGCGCAAACCAUGUUCAACACCUUGACUUCGCACAACACCACCGCUUCAGGCACGGCGACGCCCGUGGCCGUCUCGGGCGUCCCGACAGAGGCCUACACAUUCCCAGUCGACAAGCUAAAGCGCCGACAAACCCGACCAGGCAAGACGCCAUUGGUCUUGGUGGCCUGCGGGUCGUUUUCUCCCAUCACCUUUCUCCACAUGCGCAUGUUCGAGAUGGCCUCGGACUUUGUACGCUUCAACACAGACUUUGAAGUUUGCGCCGGAUACCUGUCGCCCGUCAGUGACGCAUACAAGAAGGCGGGUCUUGCGCCGGGCCGUCACCGAGUCGAGAUGUGCUCGCGCGCGAUUGAAAGUUCGCCGUGGCUGAUGGUCGACCCCUUUGAGACGGUGAACUGCAACGAAAAGGGCGAGCCGGAAUAUGUGCCUACUGCCAAGGUGCUGCGACACUUUGACCACGAGAUCAACACGGUGCUGGGCGGCAUCGAGGGCACCGACGGGAAGAUGCACAAGGCCAAGAUUGCGCUUCUGGCCGGAGCCGAUCUGGUCAUGUCCAUGGGCGAGCCUGGUCUCUGGUCGCCAAUCGACUUGGGCGUGAUUCUCGGGCAGUAUGGUGCCUUCAUUGUGGAGCGCUCCGGGACGGAUAUCGAGUUGGCACUUUCGACCCUUAAGCAGUACGAGAAUAACAUCUGGGUUAUUGGUCAAGUGAUCCAGAACGAUAUCAGGUUUGUGGCACCUUCUCUCGUGACAGGACUGGUUUGCUAA